GACGUCCGCCAGCCAUCGUGAGUGAUGUCAUCUACGUGACAGUGUAGUGUUGUGGGAAGAGGCUCGUGUCCUUCUCUGUAAAGAGUUGUCAAAAUUGAGAUCGAGUCUUUUAUAGUUGGAUAGCUUUUGAGCUCAGGAGUCUGAUAAACAGGACUUUCAUUGUCUCUCAUCACAUUGGAUGAAGGAACAUUUUGCAAAGUUACUGAAAUGUUAUUCAGUCACAUGUCAGAAUUAUUUUCACCAGUCUUUCGUCGUACCUGUCAAGACUCAAUCUAGUACUUUGCUAAUCUAUUUACGAAAGGCUCAUAACCACACCGCGACUUAAAGGACUAAGGACUCGAUCCUCUGCAAGUCUGGUGCGGUGCUUGUGAAAUAUGGUAGCGAUGGUCGCCUCGGCCUCUGGGUACGGCACACUGCGCCGCUUCCUUAGCGCUCCUGAAGGGCAGCGCGACAUGGAGGCGGGCGUGGUGCCCACCACAUCUGUCGCCGUAUCGUCAAAACAGCGGGCGUCGAUCAAAUGGCUGUUGUCGAAGGCAUUCAAUAACAGGGUCCCGGAGAACCUACAGGAGCCGCUGUAUAGGGAUCACGAGGACCAAGAGCACCUCAAGCCUCCUAUAGUGGGGGGCUUAGCGAAUGCGGAGCUGUACUGCCUGGCGCUAGCCAACAUGUAUUCAGAUCCGAACUACCACAGCCUGAACCACUGGAACAUCCUCCAGACGCUCGCGAGGAAGGGAGUCCACGUACCAGACCCGCCGGACUGCGCGCUCACGGAAACUGUCCUCAUUCAGACCAACCCCUUGAGAAUGAGUGCACACAUGGCAGUCAUAGAAGCACUAAUGGUGCUUUACGCGCGGGAAGUAGUCACAUUGGAUCGCGUGUCGGCGGCGGCGCAGCGGUUCGGCACUAGUCAGCCGCUGGCCGCGCCCAGCAAUGUGCCGCACGAAGACGGGCUCCUGUGCUGGAUCAACGCGGCCUGUGCGGCUCUCAACAAGGCCGAGGAGGACCCCUCAUCCCACGUGCCAAUGGUAACGAACCUGCAAGAACUGUGCGACGGCACGGCGUUAGCUGCCCUCAUCUCCUUCUACUGUCCCGAAGCAUUGCCACGGAGUUCCGUCCGCGUGGGUCGCAUGGCGUCCAUACAGGACUGUCUCCACAACCUGAUGCUGGUCUACGAGUUCUGUCGGAACUGUUUGCCUCACAACGUGUUCCAUAUGAUGCCCGAAGACGUCACGUAUAUGAGGGGAUCAAUGCGACAAAAUUUAAUAGCAAUGCUGGCAGAUCUCUUCAAUAUGUUAGAAGUUCACCCUGUCAAAGCAGUCAAACACCCAGGCAGCGCGUGCGCGGCGAGCAACGAGCACGGCGUGCGCCACAAGCGCUGCCUGCCGCCGCCGCCGCCCGCGCCCAUCCCCGACCUGCGCGGCGCCGACGAUAACCUGCCGCCAUUCGCAGCGGGCCGUUCGCCGUCGGCGUGCGGCCGGGCGCGCGUGGCGGCGCUGGCGGGCCGCUCGGCCUGCUCCACGCCGGAGCGGCGCAGCGCGAGCCCGCAGCGGGACGAGUUCGUGGUGCACCGCGGGCGGGCCGUCACCACGCUGGCCUCGCUCGCCAGGAGGGACGAUGACGCGUCAUCAGACACCCCCCCACACGUGGCGGCGGGGCGUCCGUCAAACUGGGCGGAGUCUCGCGAGUCGUACGCGGGGAGGCGCUCCCGAAGGAGUUCCAUAUCUGACGACAGCCAACUGACGGUGGAGAACUUCGGCGGCUCCCAGGACCGGCUCCACUUCGCCGGCAGGAAUCCGGAGAAGGAACUGGCUACCGUAGCCAACGUCAGGAAGAUAUCCGCUCCCACAGGUCCGCUCGACAACUACAACCCGCCGCUCCGAUCGUCGCGCCAAGACAUCAGAGGUUCAAUACAGUUCUUCCACGGCGAUUUCCAAAACGGACAAGAUGAUAGGCAGAAAAUCGAAAGACAACAUUCCCAACCACAAACCGGGAACGACAACGAUCAGCCGUAUUAUCCAAUCAGGAGGCAGCUCAGUAGCGACACCAUAACGCUAAAUCAGAACUACGGUUUCAACUACAAAGGGGGCGGAGAUGGAUUCUUCUUGAACGACAGAGACUCGACGGACGGCGACGGAACUAAAACUAGUUUCGCUGACUUGAAUAAGAUUAGGAGUAACGGUGACCAGAAAGGUCUACAAUCCCAGUACAGCCAAGAGAAUGACCCGGUGGAGAGGCGGAAAAGCACGUCUUUCUCGACGCCGCCCCCCAAUACGACGACGUGGCAACAACAGUUUAUGCAACAAGAAAAUCAUCCGAAUGGCGACGAUUUAUCAGACGACGCGAACACAUCACCGAGCGGCGGGCAAGCAAUGGCCGCACAACUCAAUAAUAUUAGACUUAAAUUAGAGGAAAAGAGACGGAGGAUAGAACAGGAGAAAAGAAGAAUGGAGGUCGCUAUGAGUAGACAGAGACAACAGUUAGGACAACAGGCGUUUCUGCAGGCAGUCACAAGGGGGAAGGGUGCGCGGACGCCGGCCGAGGACGAACACAAACAGGACAACGCGCAGAAUCAGGAUUUGGCGGACGUGCCCACACAAUCUGUGGAAAACGUAGCGUUGGAGCAGUAUCAACAAUCUAUUGCCAAAAUGAACUCCAGCCUGCAGGACAUACAGAGCGACAUCGCGCGCCUCGCCAGCCAGCAGAGCCAGUUGCAGCAACAACAGGCGGCGCAGCAACAACAACAACUACAACAGCAACAACAACAGCUCCAGCAGCAACAACAACAGUUGCAACAACAGCAGCAGCAGGCGAAGCAGAUGUUCCAGCAGGCGUUGCAACCGCAGGCGCCAUUUCAGAAUUAUCAGCCAAACAUUCCACAAUUGCACAGCCAAUUCAGCUCUCAGCACAACGUAUCGCGGCCGCCUCUAAACGCGUUCGGCUCGACGCCGCACAUAGCCCGCGAGCCUUAUUACCAGCAGUACGAGCCGGAGAAUUACCAGUACCGAGAUAUAGAAGAUUACGGAAGGUUCUACUUGCAUGAUAGUCCAGCACCGCCUCAGAGACGGACGUGGGCCCAGCACGCGCAAAUGCAGCAGGAGAAUGAGAUGAGAGGGUGGCAGCUCCACCAACAGAACCACCAGCAGUUCCAACAACCACAGGAACCGCCGCCUCGCACGUGGAAGUCCCCCUCGCCCCAGCCUCCGUCGGAACGCAAUUGGAACCCCCAGGGUUUUGUUCUGCACGACAGAACGAAUCAGAACCAGAAUCAGAAUCAACCAUUCCAGGUGCAGUACUCCGGCUCUGGCUACCAGAACGGCGGCGAGCGCGAGCCACAGAACCACCCCAGCUACACCGUGGGCAGCCCGCGCCGCGCCGGCGCCGCGCACAGACAAGGCUCUCUCCCCGAAUCGAGACGACCAGAGCCGGUCAGUCUCCAGCAACUGCACACACCGCAGAAGCCUCCCCCACCCCCCGACGACAUGGAACCACAAAACAUUUCGUUCAUAGGCAACGCGGAGGACGACGCCCUGAGACAAGGCAUCAAUCGCCUCAACAUUUCCUCCGGCACAAGAACUUACAGAAUCCCAUCUCCUACCAGACCGUCGCUGAACAGAAACUCCUUUCAACAAAUGGAGGAGGAGAGUGAGAAGAAUGAGAAAGGUUUCUAUAUAUCGUUCGAUAAUGACCAGCCCAAAAGGCCUAAGCCCCCGUUGCGGACGAAAAGGGGGUCGCCGAAGAAAGAGAGGUCGUUUGACACGCCCGACAGGAGUCCGGAGAACACGUGGAGUGAGAGACUGGCGCCGGAGGAGGAACCGUUUGUAGUGCACAGAAGCUCUGCAGCGGAGACGGGGCGGACGGAGCCGCCGCGGGAGCGCGCCCGGCCCGCCGCCGCCGAGCCCGCCGCCCUGAUCAUCGGCGAGAUGACGCCCGACCCGAAUUCUGCGGAGGAGAUGGAGCGCAAGAAGGAGCGCAUCAUGCUGCUGUCGCUGCAGCGGCGGCAGCGGGCCGACUCGGCGCGGGCGCGGGCCGAGGCAGCCGCCGCCGCCAGGAAGGCUCGGGAAGAAGCCGCGGCGGAACUCAAACUAGCCAGGAAGGAAGAGCAGGCGCGCCGCAGAGAGGCCAUACUGCAGCAGUACAAGCUGAAGAAGGCCAUCGAGGAGGCCGAGAGAGAGGGCAAAGCCUUUGACAAAUCCGAGUUCAUCGAGAGUAUGAAAGGUUCUCCGCACCCGGCGACCAACACGAACACGACCCGUCUCCGCGGCAAACCCGCGCCCCGGGCGCGGCCCAAGACCAUCCACGUGGACAGCGGCGCGCUGCACGCCGCGCAGGGCAUGCUGCGGCAGCCGUCCAGCACCAACCUCGCCGCGCGCAGCCCGCGGCGCGACUACUACCGCGGCUCGCAGGACAGCCUGGCCGAGCGCGCCGGCCUCUACCACGUGACCCCAGCGGAGUCCCCGGUGGAGGAGCGCGGCGGCAUGUCCCCGGGCUCCGCGUCGUCCGCGCUCGGGCGCCGCGGCUCGUGCAAGACCUCCCGCGAGCGUGUGAAUGAGGAACCACAGUCGGCCCGUGGAAGGUCUAAGUAUUCCACUUACCAGAGUAACUUUAAGGCGGGAAGGAAGUCUAGCUCUCUUAUGAACUUGUGCGACUCGGGGUUGGGCCGCGCCACGCCCCCGCGCCGCGCCGCGUCCCCCGGCGUGCGCACCCUGGGCUCGCCCGCGUCGGGCCCGGGGUCCCUGCCCGGGGCCAUCGGCAAGCGCCGCCAGCAGCAUCACGACGACAACUCCGACGUCUCAUCCACUCAUUCGAGCAUCAUGGACUACUCCGGGCCGCGGUUGUACAAACAGCCCACGACGAAGUCCAACAGGGGCAUCAUGCUGAACGCGGUGGAAUACUGCGUGUUCCCCGGCGCGGUGAACGCCGAAGCUAAAAGGAGAGUUCUAGAAGAGAUCGCGCGAUCCGAGAGCAAGCAUUUCCUAGUCCUGUUCAGGGACGCCGGGUGUCAGUUCAGAGCAUUGUACUCGUACUGCCCCGACUCCGAGCAGGUGACGAAGUUGUAUGGAACCGGGCCUAAGCACGUCAACGAUAGGAUGUUCGACAAGUUUUUCAAAUACAACUCCGGCAGCAAAUGUUUCUCCCAAGUGCACACGAAGCACUUGACGGUGACGAUCGACGCGUUCACGAUACACAACUCCCUGUGGCAGGGCAAGAAGGUGCAGUUGCCCAGCAAAAAGGACAUGGCGCUCGUCAUAUAACACCAGCACACACCACACGAUAUCUAGUCGCCGGCGGCAGUCGAGUCAAACCUUCACUUCGGUUACGUUACGGUAGGGCAAUAGUGCCAGUGUCCAAUAUUUUAAUUAGUGCAUUUCAUGGACGCGAGCUGUGUUAGUUAUGUUUCGCUUGUGUUAGUGACGUCAUUCUCGCCGCGCCGCCAAACAAACAGUCAGGAUGGCGCGCCGCGGCCGGUCGGUGCCUGUGUCAUAUUGUACAGUUAGAAAUAAAUAGGUCGUGAGCUCGAAUCGAAUAUAUUAUUUCCAUUAGCUUCGAUUGAUCCGCGUUAUUUGUGAAAGUUGAUCAUGUUGAGUUGUGCCCGCGUUGCGUUGUAUUUAUUUCUCGUGUCGGGACGCUUGUUGACGUAUGUGUGCGUUUUGUUAUUGCUGGUUUAGAUCGAUAUUCGAAUCGUGUUACUCAGUGUAUAAACGCAAUGUUUGCCAUAUGUAUUAGUGAGAUGGUCGAUACGUUCCAAAUUCAAAUUGUCUCAAAUGUUAACAGCCAAACUGUCGGAUGUAUGGUCGUAUAUAAGUUCACUUAAUUUCGAUGUAAACUGUUCUCACGUUAACAAGUUCACAAACUAAUGCUGCUUAUUCGUUGUAAUAUUAACUAGUAAUUAUUUCAAUUUGACUGGAGUAAGAUUAAGGUAUUACGUGUUUGUUUAACUGACCCUCGUUUAAUGUUAUCUCCAUUUCCAUUUUUUUACCGCUUGUAUAGCUAAAAUAAGACGAGGCACAUUUUACGUGGUAAUUGUACUGCCUUAUCCUGUAAAUAAUUGUUUUUUGUAUACAGCUAUUUAUUAAAGAACGUUGAACGAGAAUUGAUGAAUAUCAUUUUUUCAUUGUUUAAUGAUUGGUCAUCAAUAAUAUACUACCGAUAGUAUAUGGUAUGCAAAUAUAUUGUAUUAUUAAAAAGCAUAACGAAAUAAUAUUGAAUUUCAUAUUA